AUGAGCCCCAAUGCCAGAUCAUACAAGGUAAUUGCGACAGGAUAUAAUGACACCUUGCAGUGCAACACGUCUGACACCUCGUGUGAGCUCCAGAACUUGGAAUGUGGGCAGAAUUACACGGUGACCGUAUGGGCAGAGGAUGGGACAUGCAGAGGACCUGACAGCCCUCGAGUGACAUUUCAAUCAGUGCCGUGUAUCCCUCAGAAUAUUACCGCAGCUGUGAUGUGCGGAGUGAAUUCACUGAUUGUGACCUGGAAUGUCAGCUCUGGAGCUACUGGAUAUUCUGCAGCAGCUGUGGGAAGUCAAGGUCAACUUGUCACGACCAACAUUGAGGAUACAACAUGUCUAUUACCCAACCUGGAAUGUGGGGAAGUUUAUUACCUGACUGUACUGGCCAUGAAUGAUGAAUGUAAAAGUGCAGAGAGCCCCGUGUUGGAGAUUGUAUCAGCUCCUUGCAGUCCCCUACACCUUACAGCUUUACCUCAAUGUUCGCCACUCGGAGCGUCAGCCUCCUGGGAAUCCAGCAUUGGAGCAAAGUCAUACACUGCUACAUUUAUAGGAAUGGAUGGAGACAGAACAUCCUGCAGCACAAACAACACCUCGUGUUCAGUGUCUGAAUUACAUUGUGGCCAGGUUUAUAAUAUCACCGCUACAGCCUAUGAUAACAACUGCUUUAGCUUAACCACAAACAUUACACAGAUAUCAUCAGCACCGUGUGUUCCAACCAAUGCCGUGGCCAAGGUAGAUUGCUCUGAAAACUAUAUAAAUGUCACCUGGAGUCCCAGCCAUGGGGCUGAAUCUUACAUGGUUACUGCCACAGGAAAGACUGGUGAUACACUCUACUGCAACACGACGACCAAUGGAUGUAGUGUUAUGAAUUUGCACUGCAGUGAUAACUAUAUGAUCUCACUCAUUGCUCAAAACAAGGACUGCAGCAGUGAUGUGCUCACUGUGGGAAAUCUUGAUACAGUUCCAUGCAUACCAGAUAAUGUUGUGGUGGACAUUGAGUGCUUAACGAAUGAAGCCCUGGUUUCCUGGCAAGACAAGAAUAGUUACUACACAGUUGUCGCCCAUGAUCUUUCUGACAAUGAGUUUUCCUGUUCUACCUUUACCAAUUCCUGCCGUAUUUCUGGUUUGAAUUGUGGACAGGAGUAUAGCUUUUUGUUGACAGCACAGAACCGGCUAUGCAGCUCAUCGCAAAGCAAUGCCCACAAGACAAUGACAGCUCCGUGUCAGCCCCAAGAUCUUACCCAAAGCUUAGACUGUGAAGGCAAUAUUGCCUCUUUAUCUUGGUCAGCAAGCAGAGGGGCAGUUUAUUACUUGGCCACUCUCUCUGGAAAUGGGACAACAAUUUAUUUCAACACAACAGACACCAACUACUCAUCCUCUGCCUUGACCUGUGGUCAGAGUUACAACACAUCAGUGGUCGCCUUGGACAACAAGUGCAGGAGCAUCUCAUCUGCUACAACCACUUUUGAUACAGCUCCGUGCCGGCCUCAGAACUUGGCAACUGAGUUUGACUGCAACACCCAGAUAGCUGCCCUGUUGUGGGAUAAAAGUGAUGGAGCCUGGCUUUACAACAUAACAAUACACAGUGCCGAGGAGGGAACGUUCUCCUAUUCCACUGCUGACAACUUCUUUAAUGAAUUAUUGUACUGUGGGCAAACCUACAGCUUUACUGUUUCAGCAGUGGGAGGAACAUGUAACAGCUCCAGAAGCCUCACCCCUUAUCAAACAUCAGCUCCAUGCCAUCCCCAAGAUCUUAUCGAACGCUUAGACUGUGAAAGCAACAAUGCCUCUUUAUUUUGGUCAGAGAGUGGAGGGGCAGUUUAUUACUUGGCCAGUCUAUCUGGAAAUGGGACAACUGUGUAUUGCAACACAACAGACACCAGCUGCUCAUUCCCUACCUUGACCUGUGGUCAGAGUUACAAUGCAUCAGUGGUCACCAUGGACAACAAGUGCAGGAGUGUCUUAUCUGCUACAACCACAUUUGAUACAGCACCAUGUCAGCCACAAGACCUAAUCGAAAACGUAGACUGUGAAAGCAACAAUGCCUCUUUAUCUUGGUCAGCAAGCAUAGGGGCAGUCUAUUACUUGGCCAGUCUAUCUGGAAAUGGGACAACUGCAUAUUGCAACACAACAGACACCAGCUGCUCAUUCCCUGCCUUGACCUGUGGCCAGAGUUACAACGCAUCUGUGGUCGCCUUGGACAACAAGUGCAGGAGCGUCUCCUCUGCUACAACCACAUUUGAUACAGCUCCAUGCCGGCCUCAGAACUUGGCAACUGAGUUUGACUGCAACACCCAGAUAGCUGCCCUGUUGUGGGAUAAAAGUGAUGGAGCCUGGCUAUACAACAUAACAAUACACAGCGCCACGGAGGGAACGUUCUCCUAUUCCACUGCUGACAACUUCUUUAAUGAAUUAUUGUACUGUGGGCAAACCUACAGCUUUACUGUUUCAGCAGUGGGAGGAACAUGUAACAGCUCCAGAAGCCUCACCCAUUAUCAAACGUCAGCUCCAUGCCAUCCUCAAGACCUUAUCGAACGCUUAGACUGUGAAAGCAACAAUGCCUCUUUAUCUUGGUCUGAGAGCGGAGGGGCAGUUUAUUACUUGGCCAGUCUAUCUGGAAAUGGGACAACUGUGUAUUGCAACACAACAGACACCAGCUGCUCAUUCCCUGCCUUGACCUGUGGUCAGAGUUACAACGCAUCAGUGGUCACCAUGGACAACAAGUGCAGGAGUGUCUUAUCUGCUACAACCACAUUUGAUACAGCACCAUGUCAGCCACAAGACCUAAUCGAAAACGUAGACUGUGAAAGCAACAAUGCCUCUUUAUCUUGGUCAGCAAGCAUAGGGGCAGUCUAUUACUUGGCCAGUCUAUCUGGAAAUGGGACAACUGCAUAUUGCAACACAACAGACACCAGCUGCUCAUUCCCUGCCUUGACCUGUGGCCAGAGUUACAACGCAUCUGUGGUCGCCUUGGACAACAAGUGCAGGAGCGUCUCCUCUGCUACAACCACAUUUGAUACAGUCCCUUGUGUUCCCCAAAACACAAAAGUGUUCACGGAUUGCAAGAAUAAUUCAGCCACAUUCUUGUGGGAGAGAAGUGAGGCUUUGUCAUACCUGGCAAUAGUACAUGAAGACGACAACUAUGUACACCUGUGUGACACUGAAAAUACUGAAUGCCUAGUCUAUAAUCUAAACUGUGGAAGUACUUAUUCAUUCUCUGUAUUGGCAACAGACUUGAAAUGUAACAGCUCCUUCUCUUCUCCUGUUCUGGCUGGUGUUGUCCCGUGCCCACCGGGCCAAGUGGAAACAUCGAUCUAUCACAGGAAUGUGAAGCCUCAGGAAGUCGAAAUAACCUGGAACGGAAGUCACUGUGGGGAAGAAUAUAUGGCUACUGUGCAAGGGGAAAUAGGAAAUGAUGAAGAAUCUUCAUUUAUCUUGCAUUCUUACUGGACAUCAUAUAUGGACUUUUACAUUCCUGUGCCCUGCAGCUCAUCUUAUAAUGUCACUGUCACUGCAAGGAACCUUGCUGGAGUUAGUGAUCCCAGUGAGCCUAUUAAAGGUUGCACAGCGCCGUGUUCUCCCCGUGUAAAUGAACUGGAAAUGGCAAAUGGAAACAUGUUGCUUUCAUGGUAUCAAUCCACAAAUACUGAGGAAUACAGAGUCUUGGAUAUAGCUGAUAACAGCACAGUCUGCAGAACAUCAGCCCUGUCCUGUGAGAUUCCCUUCAGAAACAGCACCAUGUACCUUAUUGCUGUUAACACUGCUGGAGAAAGUGAACCUGUAUUUUUUUCUUGGAGCAUCUAAAAAGUAAUCAGGUGAGGAUUGGAGGAAUUUUGUCCUUGAAAUCCCAUACUGAAGCAACAUGAUUGCCAC